AUGGCGUCAUGGCAAAAAACAGAUUUUGAUUCAUUGAAACAUUGUACAUCUGAUCUUGAUCAGAUAAACGAUAGUGAUAAUAAUUUAUACUCAACAACAGAAUCAAAUUUACAUACAUAUAAAACUCCUGUUAAAAAUCAAGCAUCUCAAAAGAGUUUAAAAAAGUUAUAUGAUCGUGUCAAUCAAAUACAACCAGAAAAACUUGAUGAAGAAUUACGCAAAAGAAAUUUAUCAACAAGAGGUGAACUUGGAAUUCGACGAUGUCGCUUACAACAUCAUUUGAAAUUAGAAUUAAUGUUUGAAUGUGAAAAUCCAUUGAAUAUGAUUGAACAGCCUUUUGAAUAUAUUGCUGUUCUGGAUUUUGAAGCAACAUGUGAAGAAAAUGCAGGCAAAAAUUAUCAAAAUGAAAUCAUUGAAUUUCCUAUUGUAUUAAUUGACGUAAAACAACAAGCUAUUGUUGAUAAAUUUCAUUCGUAUUGUCAACCAGCAAUAAAACCAAUUUUAUCAAAAUUUUGUACACAAUUGACAGGCAUAAAACAACGCCAAGUAGAUGAUGCUCCUUUAUUUUUCGACGUUCUUCAUAAUGUUGAAACAUGGCUAUAUGAACGAAAUCUUCUUUCUUCAACGAAGCAACAUAAAUUGGCAUUUGCUACUGAUGGUCCAUGGGAUUUUAGAAACUUUCUUCAAGUACAGUGCCGCUUAAGUUCCAUACCUUAUCCUUCAUGGGCUGAACAAUGGAUUGAUAUUCGAAAAGGAUUCGCGGAGUUUUAUUCUGUAAAACGAACUGGUAUAAAUAAGAUGUUACAUAAACUUGGUCUUGAUUUUGAUGGUCGUCCUCAUUCUGGUAUAGACGAUGCAAUUAAUAUUGCACGAAUAACUGUCGAAUUAUUGAAGGAUGGCUGUGUUUUAUCAUUCAACGAUGGUAUACAUAAAUCUAGUUCAGAACAUGCAGCAAACGCAGAAGUUAAUGAAAAAGAUCUCGUUGUUUUUGAAGACUAG